CGCAGUGGCUGCCGGGAGGGGGCGGAAAGCCAGGAAGUAAACAUUGACAGAUCGGCUUCGUUACUGUGCCGUGGGUUUGGGGCUGGCUGCGGCGCGCUAGGUGUCUCUGGGACCUCUGUGGAGAUGCUGUGAAGUAAGCAGUAGGACCUGUGUAUCUGAAGCUCGGAUAAAAGAUCUGGAAUAGAGAAAUAAGUUGGAGAGCCAACAGUGAGGAGGCCAGAUAACCAUGUCGGCUGCAGCUGUGGAUGCAGUUAAUGCUGCCUCCCUGUCGGGGUCCAAAGAAAUGAGUUUGGAGGAACCAAAGAAGAUGACUAGAGAGGACUGGAGAAAGAAGAAGGAGCUAGAAGAACAGCGAAAACUGGGUAAUGCUCCUGCAGAAGUUGAUGAAGAAGGGAAAGACAUCAACCCUCAUAUUCCUCAGUAUAUUUCUUCAGUGCCAUGGUAUAUUGAUCCAUCAAAAAGACCUACUUUAAAGCACCAGAGGCCACAACCAGAGAAACAAAAGCAGUACAGCUCGUCUGGAGAAUGGUACAAGAGGGGUGUAAAAGAGAAUUCCAUAACUACUAAGUACCGCCAAGGAGCGUGUGAAAAUUGUGGAGCCAUGACACACAAAAAGAAAGACUGCUUUGAGAGACCUAGGCGAGUUGGAGCAAAAUUUACAGGUACUAACAUAGCUCCAGAUGAACAUAUCCAGCCUCAGCUGACGUUUGACUAUGAUGGGAAGAGGGAUCGGUGGAAUGGCUACAAUCCAGAAGAACACAUGAAAAUUGUAGAAGAAUAUGCGAAAGUUGAUCUGGCAAAACGAACACUGAAAGCCCAGAAACUCCAAGAAGAGUUGGCCUCAGGAAAAUUAGUGGAACAGGCUAAUUCUCCAAAACACCAGUGGGGAGAAGAGGAACCAAAUUCUCAGACGGAAAAAGAUCAUAAUAGUGAAGAUGAGGAUGAAGAUAAAUAUGCAGAUGAUAUUGACAUGCCUGGACAGAACUUUGACUCUAAGAGACGAAUUACUGUCCGGAAUCUCAGGAUUCGAGAAGAUAUUGCAAAAUAUUUGCGGAAUUUAGAUCCAAAUUCUGCUUACUAUGAUCCCAAAACUAGAGCAAUGAGAGAGAAUCCCUAUGCCAAUGCAGGAAAGAAUCCAGAUGAAGUGAGCUAUGCAGGAGAUAACUUUGUUAGAUACACAGGUGAUACCAUUUCAAUGGCUCAGACACAAUUGUUUGCUUGGGAAGCCUAUGACAAGGGAUCUGAAGUGCAUCUGCAAGCUGAUCCUACAAAACUUGAGCUGUUGUAUAAGUCCUUCAAAGUCAAAAAAGAAGACUUCAAAGAACAGCAGAAGGAAAGCAUCCUGGAAAAGUAUGGUGGCCAAGAACACUUGGAUGCCCCUCCAGCUGAGUUGCUGUUAGCUCAGACCGAAGACUAUGUGGAGUACUCAAGACAUGGGACAGUCAUCAAGGGACAGGAGCGGGCUGUCGCCUGCUCUAAGUAUGAGGAGGAUGUGAAGAUCCACAAUCACACACAUAUCUGGGGAUCUUACUGGAAAGAAGGCCGAUGGGGAUACAAAUGCUGUCACUCUUUUUUCAAGUAUUCCUAUUGUACUGGAGAAGCUGGGAAGGAGAUUGCUAAUUCAGAGGAAUGUAUUAUAAAUGAUAUCACUGGAGAAGAAUCUGUGAAAAAACCUCAGACCCUCAUGGAGAUUCACCAGGAAAAACUAAAAGAGGAGAAAAAGAAGAAAAAGAAGAAGAAGAAGCAUCGAAAGAGCAGUUCAGAUAGUGAUGAUGAAGAAAACAAACAUGAAAAGUUAAAAAAGGCACUGAAUGCAGAGGAGGCCCGCCUUCUUCAUGUCAAGGAGAUCAUGCAGAUUGAUGAGAGGAAGCGGCCCUACAAUAGCAUAUAUGAAACUCGGGAACCCACGGAAGAGGAAAUGGAGGCCUAUAGAAUGAAACGUCAGAGGCCAGAUGACCCCAUGGCCUCCUUCCUUGGACAGUAGUAACUAGUCAUAGACAGUCACCCAAGAUAGACGCUGCUGAUAGAUUCUUUUAGCUUCUUGCCAGUGAUUAUGGAUGGGAAAAUCUCUGUCUACUCUUCUUGCUGCCUGACUGUACAAUAAAGCUUCCAGAAGUCUCAUAGUAAAUUCAUUCCUUUCCACACAAAAGAAACAAAGAAGAAAAACAGUUAUAUUAAUGCAGAUUAAGAUUUCAUUUCCAAUUUUAUAUUAGUUGUGUGGAAAGAGACCUUGUCUCUCUACCUAUCAAGAAUAUCUUCCACUCAACAUUUAUGUCUCAAACUUUACUUCCUCAAUUUUUAUGGCGCUUUAUCUAGUGUUAGCACACAUCUUGAAGACAGAUUAAUUACUCUUUCUUAAAACCAGGGCUUCAUUUUUUUUUUAAUUGCUAGUAACUAUAAUUGUAGUUAUUUGAUAGUCAUUUGUUUUUGCCUUCUAAGGGUUUCCUGGUCUGAAGCAAAAAAAAUUAUUCUAUCUUGGGGUUUGGGUUACUGAAAGGAAAUCUGUAGAACGUGUGAAUAACUUUAUCCCCAAUGUCAAUCUGUGUAGUAAUAAUUCUGUUUUCUACUUGGUUAUAAAAUUUUGAUUUUUUAAAUAUUUCCCCAUACCUUACACCCAGAACUAAAUCUGUUAGCCUUGGAAUGGAAAAAUAACUUUUGUCUUCCUUGAGUCAGUGUUGAUUGAUCAGUACUCAGUGUUUUACCAUUCUGGGCAUGAGUCUUUAGAUACAGAAAUCCUUUCCUUUAUCACAGAGGAUAUAGUUUCUGAUACUGUUUGUUGUUUUGAUUGUGAUUGCCUUUAUGUAACAAUCAGGAAUAUUGGAUUUUAUAAGAUUGUAGAAUAUCCAUUGCACCUAAUCUUUAUAGCCAGCAGGUGUCACUUUGUAAAAUUUGCAAAAAGACCUCAAAUGGAAGGUUUCUUUGAAGAAUUAUAAGGAUAGCUUAUAGGGAUAUUAGUAACUGAGAUUGCCAUGAUCUUCAGGCCUCUUCUAAGAACAUUGUGAAGAUAACACUGACAGUGAGAGUGGGAUCAGUGAAACCUGUACAUCGUACAUUGACUUUCAACAGCUCACUGGCUUUUCUAAGCUACCAAAACCCACUAGGAUACUGUCUUAAGUUAGCAUCUCAGAAAUAGUGCUCGUGGGAGAGUAAAUGAGUCAAAUUGUGAAGUAUUAUAGAUAUACGUGGUAUCUAGAUUCAGACUACUAUGAAAUUAAAACAGCCAUGGAAAUAGGUCUAAUUCUUAUCUACUUUAAGAAUGUCACAAAUUUAUGUUUUCAGAUUCCUACCAUAACAUAGGAUGGUUCAACAUAAAGUCUGACAUUGGUGUCUAUUUUGUAUUUUAUUUAUCUUUUGUUAAUAAAGACAUAAUUGAGAAUUAA